UCUUUUUAAAGCAAGAAAAUGGGACGGCAUGUGUAGGAAUCCUUCAUCGUGACAGCAGUGCAGUGGUGUGGAUGACUGAAGAAAGAUCACCUCAUGUUCUCCUGUUCUCCCCAGGUUUGGGAGCCCUCUCUCGCACCUGAAUUCUGUUCUGAUAAUCCUCUGAGUGUCACCUCAGGACAUUGGGCACACUCAUGGCACGAUGGCCAACCCUCAGGAGCACCUGAGCUGCUCUUCCCCUCCACACUUAGCCUUGAGUGAAAACAAAACCUUCAGUGGACUACAAGAUGAACUCACCCCUGUGGGGAACCACCCUUCACCCAACCGCCUGCAGGACCUGCAGGAAAAGGGGGUGGCUCGAACAGAGCUGAUUGAGAAUGUGAGCAGCCCCAUUGCCACAACGGUGUUGACCAGCGUCAGUGAGGAUUCCAGGGACCAGUUUGAGAACAGCGUCCUUCAGCUAAGGGAGCAAGAUGAGUCGGAGAUGGCCGUAUCUCAGGGGAACAGCAACGCCAUGGAUGGGGAGAACACGAGUGGGACUGAAGACAUCAAAAUUCAGUUCAGCAGGUCGGGCAGCAGUAGUGGCGGGUUUCUUGAAGGACUAUUUGGAUGCUUAAGGCCUGUGUGGAAUAUCAUUGGGAAGGCAUAUUCCACUGACUACAAACUGCAGCAGCAAGAUACUUGGGAAGUGCCAUUUGAGGAGAUCUCUGAGCUGCAGUGGCUGGGUAGUGGAGCCCAAGGAGCUGUCUUCUUGGGCAAGUUCCGAGCGGAGGAGGUGGCCAUCAAGAAAGUGAGAGAACAGAAUGAGACGGAUAUCAAGCAUUUGAGGAAAUUGAAGCACCCUAACAUCAUCGCCUUCAAGGGUGUUUGUACCCAGGCCCCAUGCUAUUGCAUCAUUAUGGAAUACUGUGCCCACGGACAGCUCUACGAGGUUUUGCGAGCCGGCAGGAAGAUCACGCCUCGGCUGCUGGUUGACUGGUCCACGGGAAUUGCAAGUGGAAUGAAUUAUCUGCACCUCCAUAAAAUCAUCCAUCGCGAUCUCAAAUCACCGAAUGUUUUAGUGACUCACACGGACGCGGUAAAAAUUUCAGAUUUUGGUACGUCUAAGGAACUCAGUGAUAAAAGUACCAAGAUGUCCUUUGCUGGCACAGUGGCAUGGAUGGCACCGGAGGUCAUAAGGAAUGAACCAGUCUCUGAAAAAGUAGACAUAUGGUCUUUUGGAGUGGUGCUUUGGGAGCUGCUGACCGGAGAGAUCCCCUACAAAGAUGUGGACUCGUCAGCCAUUAUUUGGGGGGUUGGAAGCAACAGCCUACACCUUCCAGUUCCUUCCACUUGCCCCGACGGAUUCAAAAUUCUUAUGAAACAGACAUGGCAGAGCAAACCUCGCAACCGGCCUUCUUUCCGGCAGACGCUCAUGCAUUUAGACAUCGCAUCUGCCGACGUACUCGCCACCCCUCAAGAAACAUACUUCAAGUCUCAGGCUGAAUGGAGAGAAGAAGUGAAAAAACACUUUGAGAAGAUCAAGAGUGAAGGUACCUGUAUACACCGCUUAGAUGAAGAGUUGAUCCGAAGGCGCAGAGAAGAGCUCAGGCAUGCUUUGGAUAUCCGUGAGCACUAUGAGCGAAAACUUGAGCGCGCUAAUAAUUUAUACAUGGAGCUGAGUGCCAUUAUGCUGCAGCUGGAGAUGCGGGAGAAGGAGCUUAUUAAGCGUGAGCAAGCAGUGGAAAAGAAGUAUCCUGGGACCUACAAACGGCACCCUGUCCGCCCAAUAAUCCACCCCAAUGCCAUGGAGAGACUCAUGAAAAGGAAAGGCCCGCCUCACAAGCCAGGGGUGCAGACCAGACGGCCAGACCUGUUGCGAUCUGAAGGCAUCCCCAGUACGGAGGUGGCUCCCAGUGCAUCCCCUUUGUCCGGAAGUCCCAAAAUGUCCACCUCAAGCAGCAAGAGCCGGUAUCGAAGCAAACCACGCCACCGCCGGGGGAACAGCAGAGGCAGCCAUAGUGACUUUGCUGCAAUCUUGAAAACCCAGCCAGCCCAGGAAAAUUCACCCCAUCCCACUUACAUACACCAAGCUCAGUCCCAUCACCAUCAUCCUCUGCAGCCCCAAGACCAGCAGCCCUCUCCCACCAUGUCUCAGGGCCACCAGCCCAGACUCAACAUGCAUGGACAGGACAUUGCCACCUGCGCCAAUAACCUGAGGUACUUUGGCCCAGCAGCAGCCCUGCGGAGCCCACUGAGCAGCCACGCUCAAAGACAGAUGCCGGGCUCCAGCCCGGACCUCAUCUCCACAGCCAUGGCAGCAGAUUGCUGGAGAAGUCCUGAGCCAGACGAGGGCCAGGCUGGCCCCUGGGGCUGCUGUCAGGCUGACCCUUACGACCCCUGCCUCCAGUGCAGGCCGGAGCAACAUGGGUACUUAGAGACAGCCUCUGCUGAGCCAGCGGGGAGGAGCCCCGACCUUUCCAAGUCACCAGCACACAAUCCCUUCUCGGGAAACACCCAGGGUUCUGAGAAAAUGGAAGAAAAGGAAUUCAACGGCUGUAGGUCUGCGACGUCCCUCGGCAACCCCCAGCACAUCAGCCCACCAGUGCUACCUCGAAAAAUAAGGCCCCUUCAGAAGAGUGGAGAUGACUCCUCAGAAGAGGAAGAAGGGGAAGUAGAUAGUGAAGUUGAGUUUCCAAGAAGACAGAGGCCCCAUCGCUGUAUCAGCAGCUGCCAGUCCUAUUCAACUUUCAGCUCUGAGAAUUUCUCUGUGUCUGACGGAGAGGAGGGAAAUACCAGUGACCACUCAAAUAGCCCUGAUGAGCUUGCUGGGAAACCUGAAGACCGCCUCGCGGAGAAGCUGGAGGACCUGCUGUCCCAGACGCCAGAGAUCCCCAUCGAGAUUUCGUCGCAUUCAGAUGGGCUCUCUGACAAGGAGUGUGCUGUGCGCCACGUGAAGACACAGAUGUCUCUGGGGAAGCUGUGUGCAGAGGAUCGUGGCUAUGAGGUGGGCCUUCUUCUCUCAGGGCUGUUCCCUUCCAAAAACAAAAUACAACCUUGUGGAUCACAACAGUCCAAUCCCGUUGUGCAUGGGGGUCACCAUGAGUCAGGGGCCAACUUGAUGGCAACCAACUACAAUACCACCUUUUGAGAGGUAGAAUAGCAGAGUGGGUGAAAGUGUAUACCCUGGAAUCGGACUGCCUAGAUUACAAUCCCAGCCUUUCCACUUGGUGUGUGACCAUGGGCAGCCACAUACCCGCUCUGUAGGUCAGUUUCCUUAUCUAUAAAAUGAGUAUGAUAACAGCAUCCCCCUCAGAUGGUUCCUGUGAAGAUUAAAUGGGUUAGAAGAUACAAAACACUCAAAACAGUGCCUGGCACAUAGUCAGCACCGUACAAGGAGUGGGGGUGGGGCAGUAUUGUCACCAUCGUCACCAUCAUCAUCAUCUUUUAGGUCUUCUUUCUCCAUAAGCCCCACAAGGACAGGAUCCGGUCUCAUUUUCUUUGUACCUCCUUACCCAGCACAGUGCCUGUCCUGUGAGUGGUGUCUAAUACAUGUUUACUGAGUGGUGGUAGAAAUGAAAUACGGUUUGAUUUUUUUUUUAAUUGUGUUUUAGGUGAAGGUUUAGAAAGCAAAUCAGUUUCUCAUUGAACAAUUAAUACACAUACUGUUUUGUGACACUGGUUGCCAGCCUGUGUCAACACUCUCCCCUUCUUGACCUUGGGUUCCCCAUUACCAGGUUUCCUGUCCCCUCCUGCAUUCUCGUCCUUCCUCGUGGGCUGGCGUGCCCAUUUAGUCUGGUAUACACAGUUGAGCUAAGUGUGUUAUUGUUUGUUUUAUGGGCCUGUCUCAUCUUUGGCUGAAGGGGAACUCAGGUUUGAUUUUGCCUUGACUUUGCAGAAUCCUAUGCAGUUUGAAGAAUCGGACUGUGACUCUUCUGAUGGCGAGUGUUCUGAUGCCACAGUCAGGACCAACAAACACUACAGCUCUGCUACGUGGUAAUGAAAGAGC